AUGUUACAAAUAUAAAUACAAACUGCCACUCAAGACAAAUCUGCUUAUAAUAAAAAUGCAUAAAAAAUCAUUGAAAAACUUAAAGCUAAUGAUGUUGAAUUCAUUGAUGCAACAUUAGAAUAAGCUCUUUAAGUUUUUAAUUCAGAUGAACCAUCAUUAAGAAAAUUAUUACUCUUAAGAGUAUUAACUAUCUUAUCUUUAGCUUAUUAAAGAUGCAAUUGUUAUUAAAUCUGCUAAAUUUAUUAACAAAUUUAUAUAAACUAGACCAUUAUUAACAUUUAUAGGAAAUAUAUGCACUCAUAAAUUAGGUGAUUCUAAUCCUAAUAGAGGUGCAGAUCUAUUUUAAGGAUAAGGUUUUAUACAAUAUCAAUUUAGAUCCAUAAUCAAACAUUGAAUUCUUAAACUUAGCAUUAGAAUUAGUUGAAUAUCUUGCUACUACAUUUCCAAAAGAUUCAAAAGGAGCACCUACUAAAUUCAAAAUUCAAUAUGAUGAAUUACUGUAAAUGGGAGUACAUUUAUCAUACAAAGAUUUAGGUUAAAUUCCCCCCUUAAUCAAGUCUCAUUUUACCUUUUGAUCCAAACAAAGCUUCUCAAGAACCUAUUCAAAAAUAAUUUAGCAAUUAAAAAGAAAAAGAUUAAACCAUGCUUUAACUUAGUAACUAUCUAUUAUUAUAUCAGAUCAAAACAAAUAAACUAUUAAUCAAGAUAUUGAAAUGAUUAAUGAAACUCUUGUUAAUGAUUCUGAUAUGGUAUAUAUUAAUGAAGUCUUAGCAACAUGUUGUGAAUCCCUGAGUAUCAUUGAAAAAUCAUUUAUCAAUCUCAUUAAUAAAGUCUAACAAUAUGAUGGACUUUUAAAUCAAGAUGAAUUAGCUGAAUUAUUAACUCUUAAAGAUUUUGUUUAAAAAUUCUAAAAAUACUAUUUUACUUAUAUUGAAAAUUAAUGUACUCCUGAAGCUUAUAAUUCUUUAAAAAAAAAAACAUUAGCACAUAUUUAAAAAAUAUUAAAUAAAGAUUAUGAUCCUCUUCCAUUAAAAUCAGAAAAAAAAUAAUCUAAAGUAUAAUAAAAUUAAUAAUCUUAAUUUGCAAAUGAAGAUGAAAUGUUAAAAAGAGCUAUUGAAGAAUCCAAAAUAUAAUAAAAUAAUUCAUAUUUAGUAUCCAAACAAAUAGAAGAAUAAUAAAAAUAAGAAGAAUUUAAAAGAUAAUAAGAAGAAAUUAAUAGAUAAUAAGAUGAAAUUAAAAGAUAACAAGAUGAAAUUAAAAGAUAGUAAGAAGAAGAAAAACGACAAGCUAAACUUAGAGAAGAAUAAGCAGCCUUAGAAAAAUAAAUAGCAGAAGAGUAAUAAAGAGAAAAUCAAAAAAAAGAAUAAUUAAAAUUAGAUUAAUUUAAAUAAUAAGAAAAAAUGAGAUUAUAAGCAUAAUAAUAAUAUGAAUAAUAGUAAAGAUAAAAAGAAACUUAAGAUUAUUGGAAUAAUUAAUUUUAAACUCCUAAUCCAGAUAAUUAAUAUAUAACACCCACUAAAUUAGGAUCUAAUCUUAAUUCUUAAUAAUUUUAAUAACAUUAACAACAAAAUGAAGUUUAAUCUUACAAGUCAUCAACUUUUUAAUAAUAACAUUAAAAUUAAUAAUAAAAAAUUGAAAAUUUGACUAAUGAAUAUAUUUAUUCUACUGUAGAUUAAAAGAAACAUUAAAAAUAACCCGUUAAAUAAUCAAAUUAGUUUGAAUAAAAUUAAAAUAGUUCUUAAAUUCCUCAUCAAAACAAUUAAUAUGGAGGAAAUACAAGAGAAUAAUCCUCUAUGAAUCAUAUAAACCCUAAUUAUGUACACAACUAAAAGUAAUAUUUUGAUGAAAAUUUUGAUGGAUUAAGUUAAUCUACUUAAACUCAAUAAUUUUUCCCUUUAAAAAUGGAUCAAUAAAUACCUCUCAAAUAACAUACUGGUAGAAUUGUUAAAUAUGAUAAUACUUAAUUUGUAUUAUUAGAUUCAUAUGGUUUAUCAGAAUCACAAAAGAAACGUUUUAAAAAAGCUACUAUUUGUGGUAAGGCUGCUUUAUUCAAUUCCCCAUAACUUUAAGUAGGAAUUAAACAAGCUUUACAAUAUGUACCAUUAAAAGAAAAAAACUAUUUAAAGUUAACACUAUAUAUUGGUAAUAAAACUCAAUCAAACUUUGAUAACUGUAAAAUUCUAUUUGAUGGCGAUAACAAAUGUAAAUAAUAACAUUACAUAUAUUUUUAGAAUUUUCAAUGUGGCUAAAACCAGAUAAAAUUUAAGAUAGAAUUGAAUCUGGAUAAUAAAUAUAAUAGGAAGUAAUUGGAAUUUUUAAAUAGUACCAGAAUUAUAGAUUAAUAAAUGCUGUUUUUUCAGGUAAUUAAUUAAUAUUGAAAAAUUAAUAGCUGAAUGGGCUAACAAAUAAAUAUCAUCUUAAUUCUUUUUAACUACAACUUUAGUCUCAUUUAUGUUUUUCAAAGAUAUCAGUUUAUAAGUAUUUAGAACUUAAUGGAGAUAAAAGAAAUAAUAAAUUUUAAGAGGAGAGACAUUUUUAUUAAAUCCUAAAAUAGUGAAAACAGGGCACUAUUUAAAAAAGUAGUUAAUUUAAUAAAAUUUAGGAUCUUUCCAAAAUUAUGUGAAUUUAACUCUUAUGAAUAAUUUUAAGAUCAAUAAUUGGAUUAUUUUAGUGAUCGAUAAUUAAAAUAUAUUUCUUACAAACUUUGUAAUUAUAGAAAUUAAAUUAGGUGGAAUUUUUGAAUUGACUAAUGUGAAUUAAAAUUAUAUGAUAAAAUUUAUAGUUUUGCCAAACAUGUAAUGUACAAUACAAAUAAUUGGAAAUAAUGAACAUCUGUGUAAAUAAAUGUUAAAUACACUUAAUUGGAUUUUAGGCUUAGAAUGA